AAGUCAGACUUUGGGGUCAAUCUGUUUUGGUUACAAACGCUAAUUAGAAGGAAUACAUUCGGUCCUGUUAGAGGCACUUUAAAUUGAGUUUCUCAUCAAAAGGAUAAUAUAGGUAAUACCACUCCAUUGAGCCUGAAAGUAAUUCGAUUGAGGAUUAUAGAGCAAACGUAGUGAUUCCACAGGCCGAAAGAACAUUUUAAAGAUUACAUUUCUAAGAACCGCGACGUCUUUCAAAAUAUGGUCGAGGCGGCUUUCCAAUUAUGAAAUAACAAUCAGUGUCAAGACCUCGGGGGCUUUGUUUGCUCUUGUACAAAUAUCUGUCGGAAAUAUGACAAACCACUGUCAAGGACCACAAAAUUCUUCGACUGAAAGUCAAUAUUUAGGACAAGCCGUGAUUCAUUUAAAUACGAUAGCUAGCGUCCUGUGCAGCCAGUAAAGACCAGGCAUUAAAACCGAGAUUAACACCUUUUGAAGAUGCACAUGCAUGUUUUCACGACAGUCCGGAGGUCUUAGGGAGACAGAUACUUUUAACAGCGCUAACCGCAGCGGAUUGAAGGUCUUUCUGUACAGACAAUGAAGAGCGAUAUUCUCUUGCACUGAUUCUUUGUCACAAGUAGCCGUUCAUUCUGUGACUUUUCUGGAUCGGCUUAAAGCAACGCUAUCCCUGUUAUUUAGUUAUUGCGCGGUUGACGCCUUGCGUUACAAGUGAUACGGUAUGCCGAGCUUGCCCCGAAGACCCUAAGAGUAGUACAUUUCGGUUCAUAUUGCUGGAUCAGGCGAGUGUUUAUCCUUUGCCGUCGAGAACUCGGUCGAAGAAUUUCCGGCUGGGCUCGAAUACAGAGUAUGUGAACCACACUACACAAAUAUUAUGUUUACCUUGGAGAAAAAACUACAAGCUACUACUACUACUGGUCACCGAAGAAUUUGAAUUGGAUCCCGGAGGGCAAUUAGCGCAGCCAGCGAUCACACAAUGAGUGAAAUUCGUAAAUCAGAAGGAUUCACCUUGUUGGUUCUCGAGGUUUUGAUAAUCAUGCUAAAUACUCUAGCAAUUAUUGUGAUUGUCCGCUUCAAACAGAAAUACAAUCCAGAUAUUUUGAUUUUCACAUUGGCCGUUGCAGAUCUACUAAAGGCGCUCAUUCCACUGAACAUGACUCUAGUAGCAUAUUUGAGGGGCAACGAAAUGAAGGAAGGAUCGCCGUCGUGUAUGAUCUUUGGUUGGACAGCUUUCACGCUAAACUGUGGAAUAAUGCUCGUGAUGACAAUAAUGGCUAUUGAUAGAUAUGUUGCGAUGUGUAUGCCUUUUAGGUAUAAGGAAUAUCUCCCGAAAAAACGACUUAUUUACAUAAUCAUUGGAGUCUUCUUCUUCAGUGGAGCCCACUCCAUGUUGCCUUUGACAGGGAUCGGUAAAAUGAGGUCCUAUAGCAACGGCAGCUUUUGCCAUUUUGACUUCGAUUCCACGAGACCUGCUAGUAUGGGUUACAGUAUCUUUAUUCUGGCCCUCGGGUUUUCGAUGCUAGCUGUAGUGAUAUUUUGCUACACACGUGUCAUGUAUAGCGUCAAAGGAUUAAUGCGUCGCCAACGUCGAAUGUCCACAUCCACACAUGACAUAGACGGUUCAGACAAGAAAAGACAACAGAUGAACCAAAUGUUCGCUCGUCUUAUGAUCGUUAUGAUGGUGGCCUUCUGUGUAUCGUGGCUUCUCUUCUUGAUCGUCGUUCUUCAACACGUGAGCGGCUGGUUUGAAAUCCCUCCUUUGGCACACUUCUGGUCGAUGCGGUUAGCUGUUUUAAACUCUGUUUUAAACCCAAUUAUUGGUGCAGCUAUGUGCAAGCCGUACAGGAGAGGAUACUUGUUUAUUAUAUGCACAUGUCUUCGCUGCUGCUGCGGUUUUCGCUAUAACAUGAAAGAUCCAUGGAAACACACCAGAAGAUUGUCCACUUGCUCACGGACCAGCUAUGUAGGAGAUAAAAAUAAACCAGGUAAAAGCCCGACCGAGAGCGACAAAAUCAGGAACGUGCCCUCUUUUACCAGCUAUAAUGAUUCUGGAAUUGAUCCUGACAGCAAUGAAUACGAAGGGAGCUUCGGGUAUCAACAGGCUGGAAUUAUGAAUACUACUUGUGAACUGGAUAAUACUCCUGCCACACGUCAUGCCAAAAAACGGCCCAGACUCACCCAGAAGCGCAUCUCUUUCAAAGAUGAGGUGGAGUUGGAAAAAUUAGCAGAACUGGCCCUUGGGGAAACCGAGGCGCAGAAUGAUACCGUGGGAACAUCCGACUCACAACAGUUCUCAAUGGCAUCUUCAGUUGAUGUUCAAAGAAAUCUAGUUAUCACCAGAUCUGAUGAUAACUACCAAGGUAAUAGGACUGAAAGGGGCCUCAAAAAUACCUCUGAUGAAACCCAUCUAAUUGCAGUGUCUAUGGGCACAGAAAGUGUAAUUCAAGUUAGUUCAGAUGAGAAGCAGAGGGGGAAUCGAGAUGCUUCUGGAAGCAAAGAGAAAUUAACAGAGGACACUACACCCAACAGUCACUGUAACAACGGAAGUGGAACAUAUUUAAAUGGACACAUGAAGUCAAUGGAAGACAAAACUGGAAAAAAUUAUGUAAACUCUAGGAAUAGCUUUUACCAAGAGCAAUCACACAAACAUUCACCAAUCCACACAAUCCAAGUCACUCAUUUUGGAGUUGACAAGAACUCCAAUAUAAACACAGCAACGUUGAAAUCACCAAUUUUGACCGACAACCAUAGAUCAAAAUCUCCCUCCGUUUUCUUGCCAUUUUCACCCAGGAGUAGUUCGUUUAUUGAAAGGGUUCGGAGGACAUCAGCGCCAGAACGGAAGCUGCGAUCUCAGUCACUUUCAAAGGACGAUGGUUCACUGGACGCGCCCCUUUCAAGCUGUAUUGAAAGUAUUUCAAAGAAAACAAAACCAAAAAACUACGAUUCAACAAAGAAACAACGUGGUACUGAUCUAAGAACUGGGGCAUUGUUUGACAUUCGGAGAACUAAAGCUGAUGAAGAGCUGUCAUUGGACUUCUCUCCACACCUUGGUAAAUCUAGGAGCUUCGAAUCAGUAUUAAGCAGCAGCGACCAGCGCAGGUUAGAUGAGCCAGAGUUCAGGGAUCUUAUCGUAUCACCUCGUCGGGGACGUUCAUAUGCUGUCAACGAUGAACUUUCUCAAGGGCUUUGCAACCACAGCUAUUCUGAAUCUGAUCUCACCUCUACUUCCCCAGAGACAGUUUUCCUGACCGAAAACCCCUCAUCUCGAGGACACAAGGCAUCACACACAACUGGAGUACAAGGGGAUGCAAAAAGAUAUCAAAGCGGAGAACAAAUUCCACAAAACAUACUACCCUCACCAGACAGGAUUUACAGACAACUCAGCGAUUUGAAUAAAGAAGAACUUGCCGAAGAGUUCUUCUGUUGAGUUAUGAAAAAAAUCAGUUGACUGUCAAACCUUCACAAGCCAAUAUGGCCUUUUUAACAAAAAAGUGAAUGAAUUCUACUUUUCUUUCGCCUACGGCAUUUCUUGAUAUGAAGGAACACUGUGCUUCUGGAAUUUUCAGACUUUUCUCUCUAGUUUGGUUGUUUUCUGGUUUCGCCUUUCGUUUCAGAAAUGGAAACAGCCGUUCAUCAUUAGCAUAAUUAAACAUAUUAGUUAAUAAAAGAUGGAUUUUUUAGCCGUAUAACGGUCCUUAGUGUCCUGAAUCAUUAACUGUAGGGUCGAUUUUAUCGAUGAAAAGUUUCUUGCUGAAUCUCGUGCCUUGAUCUCGAAUGUAACAGCGUCUGAUGUUAAAAUAACUUUUGAAUAAAACAGGAACAGCCCCUCAGUGAAGG